AUGACUAUCACUGAAUCGGUCAAGAAUAUUGUUGGCCUUGGGGAGGCGUCAGCCACUCGCAAGGAGAUGUCAGAGGCUCGCCUACCUAUGCAAUAUCGCGACUCCUGCGCUCAUCUCCUCAUCCCGCUGAAUCGCUGUCGGCAAGACGAAUACUACCUUCCAUGGAAGUGCGAGAAUGAACGCCAUUCAUACGAGAAGUGCCAAUACGACGAGUUCAAGAAGCGUGUGGCGAAGAUGGACGAACUUCGUGCUUCCAAAGACGGCGCCCGGAGCAACUAA